GCGCGGGACCGCGCGCGGUGCGCCGGUACCACGAGAAGGGGCUCGGGCGGGCGCCCAGGCACCCUGCUCCUCCGCAGGGAGCAGCAACGCGUGUUCCCUGCCCGCCGCUGAGCAGCAUCUCCUGGGGCAAGUUAACGAAAACUCUUGCUCCCAAACUUCAGGGCUCUGCGUAAAUUGUCUCUGAAGGGACCCGGACCCGGACCCGGACGCGAGGCCGUGUCAGUGCUCAGGGGACUGAAGCCCAGACCAUCCCGAAUUGACACAGGGGUCUGCACUGUCCUGUAGCAUCUCGGUGCUCUUAGGACCCAAGAGAUGCGUUUCAGAGAGGAUUGCCAGGUGCUCUUAAAUCAGAUGAAAGAGAUCACAGGAAUUCAGGAUUCAGCAUUCCUGCUUGCUGCUCUAAAGGCUGCUGAUGGAGAUCUCAUGGAAGCAGUCACCUUCCUGACGGAGGACCCUGCCCCGGAGCCAGUGCAGAACCCAGCUGCUGCAGAGCCAUCUGCCUGGGAAGGGAGCGCGGUGGGCAAACAGCUCCCACAGGAUGUUGGUGCUUCACCUGCCCCUCACAACCAAGACAACCUCCACACAGCCAACACUGUCAGACCACCGGAAUCACCAAAAGCUCCAGCUGCAGAAAGGGAUGCAGCUGAAAGACCACAGGACACCCAUUCUGCUGAAAACAAAAACCGCUCCAAAAGGAAACGCUGUGAAGUCUGGGGAGAGAACUCCAAGCAGAAUGACUGGAGAAGAGCGGGUGACUGGCCUGUUGGAAUGAAAAAUAUAGGAAAUACGUGUUGGUUUAGUGCUGUUAUACAGUCUCUGUUUCAGUUGCCAGAAUUCCGGAGGCUGGUCCUUGGUUACUCCCUCCCACAGAAUGUGAUUGAAAGUUGUCAUAGUCACACUGGAAAAAGAAAUAUUGCAUUCAUGCAAGAACUUCAGUGUCUGUUUGCAUUAAUGCUGGGGACAUGGCGUAAGUUUGUAGACCCUUCUGCAGCACUGGAGCUCUUGAGGGACGUGUUUAGAUCAGCUGAACUACCGCAGCAAGAUGUGAGUGAAUUUACGCACAAACUACUGGACUGGCUGGAGGAUGCAUUCCAGCUCACUGUGAAUGUCACGAGCCUUGGGGACAAAUCCGAAAACCCAAUGGUGCAGCUCUUCUAUGGGACUUUCCUGACUGAAGGAGUCCAUGAGGGCAACACUUUUUCCAAGAUUGAGACCUUUGGUCAGUAUCCCCUUCAGGUAAAUGGUUACCGGAACUUGAAUGAGUGCUUGGAAGGAGCCAUGGUGGAGGGAGAGAUGGAUGAGGCAACAGCAUCUCAGUCAGUAAAGUAUGGACAGGAGCGCUGGUUUACAAAACUCCCACCAGUUCUGACCUUUGAACUCUCCCGAUUUGAGUUCAAUCAGUCACUAGGACAGCCAGAGAAAAUUCACACCAAGCUAGAGUUUCCCCAGACUAUAUAUAUGGACAGGUACCUCUACUGCAAUAAAGAUCUUAUUCAAAUGAAAAGAGAGGAAAUGAAGAGAUUGAAGGAGAAAAUGGUGACUCUGCAGCAGAAACUGGAAAGGUACAUGGAAUAUGGCUCUGGCCCAGCCCGCUUUCCACUGCCUGACAUGCUGCAGUAUGUGCUCGAGUUCGUUGCUACAAAGCCAGCUGUGGCUGUUUCCUCUGCUCAGAGCUCUCAAACACCACUCCUGCACUGCCAAGCCAAGCCUAAUGUUUUGGACGUGCUUUCGCAGCCAAACGGCAUACAAGAAAGGACUGAUACUAGGACUGAACAUGAAGCUUUCUUCGUGGCAAAUUCUUCGCCGCAGCAAAGCUCCAGUAUGGAGCUCCAGCCUCCUGUUUCACCAGCAGAACUGUCUGAACGUCCAGCUCCUCACGUGGUCUCCAGGGAAGAGCUGAGCCUGGUUCAGACGUGUCUGCAGCGAUGGAGAAACGAGAUCGAGCAAGACGUGCAAGAUCUGAAGGAGUCUAUUGCCGGAAUCAACCUGUCCAUUGAACAAAUGUACUGUGACCCUCUCCUCCAGCAGGUUCCCUAUCGUUUGCAUGCAGUCCUGGUCCAUGAGGGGCAGGCAAAUGCUGGGCACUACUGGGCCUUCAUAUAUGACCAGCCUCGGAAAAGAUGGCUCAAGUACAAUGACAUCUCAGUGACGGAGUCAUCGUGGGAAGAGCUGGAGCGAGAGUCCUUUGGAGGCCUGAGGAAUGCCAGUGCCUACUGCCUGAUGUACAUCAGUGACCAGGUGUCCCCUGUUGGUGCAGAUGAGGAUGAGGGCCCAGAGGCUAGACAGUUCCAGAAAGAAGUGGAAGCUUUGUCCCCAGAACUGAGACACUACAUCCAGGAGGACAACUGGCGCCUGGAGCAGGAGGCAGAGGAGUGGGACGAGGAGCAGUCUUGCAAGAUUCCUCAGAUGGAGCCUUCACCUACUUCUGAAUUGCAGGACCUCUCCUCUGAGUCAGGACCAGAGCAAUCAUCAGUCUGUGAGCAGAGCGUGCACUCCCUGUCCUCGGAGCAUGCCAGGAUUGCCAAGGAGCAGACUGCCAAGGCCAUUGCCAACACUGCCGAUGCCUACGAGAAGAACGGUGUCGAGGCAGCUCUCUACGAGCGCAAGGAGGUAGAGCCGCUGAAGGCCCGUCCAGAAGAAACAUCCCCCACAGUUCAGGCAGAGCAACCCCAGGACACUCAGGAAGCAGAGGCUGCUGCCCAAACUAGCUCACAGGUCUCUGAAGUGGAAAUCCCCAGUGUGGGGAAGAUUCCUGUUAGAUCCGAUGCAGAUGGAUAUAAUGAGGAGGUGAUGCUGAGUCCAGCCAUGCAAGGUGUCAUCCUGGCUAUUGCAAAAGCCCGCCAGACCUUUGAUCGUGAUGGGUCUGAAGCAGGGCUUGUUAAGGCAUUCCAUGAGGAGUACUCCCGGCUGUACCUGCUUUCCAAAGAGACCCCAACCCCCCAGAACGAUGCCCGGCUGCAGCACGUGCUCAUCUACUUCCUGCAGAACAACGCUCCACAGCAGGUGGUGGAACGGACCCUCCUUGAGCAGUUUGCAGACAAAAACCUCAGCUAUGAUGAGCGGUCCAUCAGCAUCAUGAAGGUGGCACGGGCAAAGCUGAGCGAAAUCGGUCCUGAUGAUGUUGACAUGGAGGAGUACAAGAGAUGGCACGAAGACUACAGCCUUUUUCGCAAGGUGUCCAUUUACCUGCUGACGGGGUUGGAACUCUACCAGAAUAGAAAGUACCAAGAGUCACUCACCUACCUGGUCUACGCCUACCAAAGCAACACCAAACUGCUGCUGAAGGGAAGCAACCGAGGCGUGAGCGAGUCGCUGAUCGCCUUGUACAGAAGGAAGUGUCUCCUGAAGCUGAACGAGGUGGCAGCUUCUCUUUUUGUCAGCUGUGAAGAAUCUCAUGUGUCAGAGGGUGUGAGCAUCCUGAAUGAGCUGAUCAUCCCCUGCAUGCAUCUCAUGAACAACCUGGAGAUCUCCCAAGAGGACCUGGAUGCCAUCGAGGUCAUGAGAAACCGCUGGUGCUCCUAUUUGGGACGAGAAGACAUGGACGCAAAGCUGCAGAUGAAGCUGGGUGAGCUGCUGCCCCGGCUCCUCGACGGCUCCACUGAGGUCAUUGUGCUGAAAGAGCCCCCGAAGAUCCGACCCAACUCCCCUUACGACCUGUGCAGCCGCUUUGCGGCCGUGAUGGAGUCCAUCCACGGGGCCUCAGCCGUGACGGUGAACUAGCCCGCAGGCCGCGCCGCAGUGCCACGCUGCCGGCCUGCUCGGGGCCUCUCCGGGUAGUGCUGCAGUGGGACGAGAGGGGUGGUUUGGAUUCCAAGCUGUGUUCUUUGUAAAUAUGAGCAGAUAAAAAGCAGUAUUGCACUUGUGAGGCAGAACGUAAGGCAGUAACACGAAGGACCUGGACCACUGUUACAGUGCAAGGCGCAGGCCCCAGCAGCACCGUGGGGCUCAGCCGGGCUCCAGAGGUUCUUCUGUCCUGGCAACCUUCUAGAUGCAGCCCCUGGGCCCAUGAUGGCACCGGAGCCCAACUCUGCUCAGCACUGUGCACUGUGGCUGGGCUGUCUGGCACUUUCACAGAAUGGCCACUGCCAGAGAUUGCAUGUUCCAGUCCAGCCAGACUCCUGCUCACAGGAGCCUGGGCUGAGUGAGGAGGAGGCAGCAAGGAGCAGUGGCUCGCGCUCUGCCGCGUGGGCAGUCGUGCACGCAGCUGCGUGUUGUGGUCAAGUCAAGCAGCCUUUUGCCUUUUGUACUCCAGCUGGCACCAGAAACCACACAGGAGCCUUCCUUGAAGAGGCACAGGCAAAUCCCGGCAGUGAGGAGCCAGGACGGGGCUGUGGGUUUGUGCCUGGCAGGAGCUGACUGGCUCAGGGCGAUCACAUCACCCCAAAGGAUAUUCCCCCCCGUGGCCAGAAGGCAAAAUUCCUUCUCCCCUUGGGUGGUGGGUCAGGGCUGGAUUACUGUCAAUGACAACUGUGAGGGCUCAGAUCAGCCCCUUGUGUUGGUGGUGGCUGUUUGUGUUGACUUUGUUAACAAAGUGCCCUGUUGGCAUUUCCUUUUGCCGUCGCCCUGUGCUUGCAUUUGAGCUGCAGCAGUUGUAAGCCAAAAGUUCUUGGUUAGUGGAGGGGGAUCCUAUUUUUUGGAACUAUGCAGAGUUUUCUAACAGUGCAAUAAAAGCAUUUGUUCUAUGUUAGAAUGAAAAA